AUCUUGGGCCAUACCCUAGUUCAUCAAAACCCAGAACCCGCUAAACUAUAAAUAAGCCUCGCACAAGGCACAACACUAUUGUAUGAUUCACAACUCAGAAAGUCAGAAACUCUUCUUGUAUUCUCUUUGAUCAUUCUUACGAAUUUUUACCAACCCCGAAGUUUUUCUCGCGAGGUUUUCACUACUCAGAGUAUCAUGGAUGUAAAAUUUGCGAGAAGGAAUGAACGAAUUGGUGGGACAACAUGUGUCUAUUGGCUAGCUGGGAGAUGCAACAGAAAUCCUUGCAGGUUCUUGCACAGUGGAACACCCUCACUUCAUACUACCUAUCAUAAUUCCAAUACUGCUCAUAGAUAUGGAAAAAGGACUCAUUCCUCAUCUGAGAACACCCCCAGAUAUGACAAAAAGUCAGUGUUGGUUAGAAAAAGUGAAGACAGAGAUGGAACGAGUGUUGCUAAGGCUUCCAAGAAACCAUCACCAUCAUCAACUGUAUGUAAAUACUGGAUAAACAACAAUUGUGUCCAUGGUGAAAAGUGUCAGAAUGUGCAUUCAUGGUUUUGUGGUGAUGGGUUUUCCAUAUUGGCAAAGCUUCAACAGCACAAAAAGGUUAUCACUGGCAUUGUGCUUCCUGUUGGAUCCGACAAACUUUAUUCUGGCUGUACUGAUGGGACAGUUUGUAUAUGGGACUGCCAUACUGGUCAGUGUGUUAGAGUCAUAAAUCUUGGUGCUGAAGUCACAUCUUUAAUCAAUGAGGGGCCAUGGAUUUUUGUUGGUUUAAAAAAUGCUGUCAAGGCUUGGAAUAUUCAGAACAUUACGGAGUUUACUCUCAAUGGACCUAAAGGAAGAGUCCUUGCCAUGACUGUUGGCAAUGAUACACUUUUUGCUGGAGCCGAGGAUGGUGCCAUUGCUGCCUGGAGAGGAAGCUCUGAAGCUAAGUCUCCUUUUGAACUGGUUGCUUCACUAACUGGUCACACUAAAGCAGUGGUUUGCCUGACUGUUGGAGGAGGCAAGAGGCUGUACUCAGGGUCCAUGGACCACAGCAUAAAGGCCUGGGACAUGGACACAUUACAGUGUACAAUGACACUCAAUGAGCAUACUGAUGUAGUCACAUCCCUUAUUUGUUGGGACCAAUUUUUGUUAUCAAGUUCAUCUGACUGCACAACUAAGGUCUGGGCUGCUUUUGAAGAGGGAACAUUGAAAGUGACAUAUACACACAAAGAGGAAGAUGGUGUUGUUUCGCUUUUUGGGAUGGCUGAUGCAGAAGGCAAGCCAAUAUUGUGUUGCUCAUGCAGAGACAGUUCAGUUCGGUUGUAUGAAUUGCCAUCAUUUUUAGAGAGGGGUCGUUUAUUUGGUAAGAAAGAGGUUGCAUCAAUUGAGUUAGGUCCUGGUGGGCUCUUCUUCACCGGAGAUGGGACUGGCUUGCUGACGGUGUGGAAAUGGUUGGAGCAACCCAACGUGGCAUCCUCUUGAGUUGUGUUCCUAUUCUCAUGAUUCAUGAACUUCCCGGAUAUGAUUUAUGUUACGCAUUGCCUCCUCUUGAGGCACGUGGGACAAUAGUGAACUUAUUUCUCUUAAGCUUUGUAAAAUAGAAAUUUAUAUCACAUGAAAAAUUCCAAUUCAGUUUUUCUCAUUCUUCUCUACUUUGUUCAUUCUUGUUACCAAAUGUAAUCAAUCGUCUUGUACCUUCAUAAAUAUACAGAUAAAUUUUUAUGUUGAAUUA